AAAAUAAGUUUACAUAUCACCAGAUUUAUCUUCUAGCAGUGGUACUAUGUAGAAAUUUGGAAUCACUAUUUUUUGGGAUAAUAAAAGAACAACUUAGUGCUCAAAAAACACAAUUUUUCAAUUUUUUUUAUUUUUCUAUUAAAACACUGUCCCUAUAAGAAAUUACUUAUUUAAUUUUACAAACAAAUGAAAUCUACUGAAAAAAAAAACACAGAGAUCUAGAUAGCAGCAAAUUUCCUGACCAUCAUAUAAACAUUGACAGGAACGAUACAAAAGUUACUAAGUUAAACCAUCAGAAAAUCGGUUAAAGAAUUCAAUCAGUUGUAGUAAUUGUCCCAUUUCAUGACAUAGGGGUACAUAAUAGUUAAAUGCAAGCACAAAUGAGACAAUAUUUGUGUGUGUGGUUAUAUAUAUAUAUAAUAACCACAAGUUUUAUAUAUAUAACCACAAAUGAGACAACAUAUGUGUGUGUGGUUAUAUAUAAGCAUAUAUAUAUAAGCAUAUAUUAAAAAGCAAGUAAUAAUCCUGAUCCUGGUUUGCUGGGAGUGACCACUCUCUCAGAAGAUGAGUGCAGUUGGGCAAUGAAAUAGCAAGUGUUUGGAAAUAGCUGUCAGGUGUAUGCAUUCUAGUCAAUGCUUGGUGUUAAAUUAAGGGUUUGCAAUUCUGUGUGAAAACUAUUGUCCGAAGAGUGAAAAAUUUAGAAAUUUUAUUUAAGUAAUACUAAGCAUAACCAAGAAUCAACUAAUUUGCUAGAUAAUAAAUUUGAUAACUGUACUCUCCUGCAUUUAAAAUAAAGUUGCAAUUGUUUCAAUAAGCUUCAAAUAAUAUAUAUGUAUCUAAUAAGGUGAAACAUUUCUUUAUUCCAAGCAUAGCUAUAACCAAAAUAAAUGAAAGUAUAUGUUUAAACUAUGGCAUAAUUUUAAUUAAAAUGAAAUAGGUGUGUUUCACAAUUAUUUAAAUUGACUACUUCAUGAAAUGGAAAGGAGGUAAGUGCGAUUUCAUCAAGGUAAAAUAUAUCCUCUAACAGGAAUUAUAAAUUCAAAUUGGUACUUAAUCUAUACUUUAAAAAUUUAUAAAGGCUUCACAUAACUACUUUAUAAAAUAUAAUUCUUAAAUGGUUUUUUGGUGAAUGAAAUAUUUUAUUUGCCUGACAUUUUUUUGUGUGUUUUUUCUUUUGCAAAUGUUUGAAUUUAAUUACGUACUUUUUCAAAAUGGUGCAAUAUCAGCAAUACCCUAUAAUAGAACGAUAAAUGCUGCAGGUUAUUAGCUAGUUUAGCAUAAAAGUAAUUACUUUCGAAACAUAUAGCAACUCAAUAAAAUAUUACAUUAAUACUGCAACAUAAUAAAUAUGUAUGUUCAAAUAAUACAAUUACAGUCAAACUUUCCUGAAUAGAAGCUGCCACUGACAAACUUGUCUGCGCCUCCUUCGAUGUGUGAGAGUCCCAACGUGGGGUCGAUCCUGGACUGGUGUCGUCAACUUGAUGUUGCAGAACAUUCUUCAAUAUCGCCACACACUCAUAGGCGGAGCACCACCAAAUAUAGUGGCUAACAGCUACUGUAACUGCUGUCUAGUUUACAUGUUGCAAUUCAAGUCUUCUGUCUUCAAACACAAUAAAAUUGUCUUCCACAUACACAACGUGGCAUAUUAUAAUUCAAAUAUUAGUCUUCUCUAUAAACAAGAUUAUAUUAUCUUCUUCAGUAUUCACAUUUGAGUAACUGAUGUAUAAUUUAGUUCUGUUGUCUUCUGAUUAUGUAACGUACAAAUUAACUAGCACUUCCUUUUGUAGAAACAUAUAAUUUUGCUGCUCCAAUAAAGAACAUCCUUAUCCCAUGAAGGCUGGAUAAGCUCUCUCAUAAAAAUAUGUUCCAAACUUAUGCUAACACUAGAGAAUGGGUUUGAUGAAAUGCAAUACUUUUUUGACAUAAAAAACAAUUUUUCAUUACAACAGUGUUGCUUAGGACAUUAAAGACAAAGAAUAAUAGUCUGUAGAGGUGGUGUUACUUAUUAAAUAAUAGUAUCAUUACAGCUGUAAGCACCCUUUCAGAGUAUACAACAAAUUAUCAUACAAUCACUAUAAAAAUAUAUAUUUUUUAAAUUUUAGCUUUAUAAAUUUUUCAAGUUUUAAACUUGAUUUUUUUUAUAAAAAAUUUUUAGUAUUUAAUAAAUGAAAUGGGGUGGAUUGCUUAUGAACAAUUCAUGCCAUUGUGAGUGUUAAUCUUGUUGAGUGAUUGGUGCAGUUAACAGUAUUGGCCAGCCUGCACAAUGCUGCUCUUACCUAGCCUAGUUGUACUAGGCAGUGUCUCUUGGUUCCUCUCCUCCCUCUUCCCCGGUCGUGUCAGGAGCUCUGCUUCCCAUUGAGCCUGGCGUGAUAAGCAGCGCACAGAGAUAAGCAUGUCAGGGGCGUGCCUCUGGAGCGCUUCUUAAAACAGCCACUUAUCAGUUGGUGGCAGUCGGCGGCGAGGGCGGGCAUGGAGGGCCGGUCGGACUUCUCCUGUCAGUUGGACCUCUGCCACGCGUGUGGCUCUCCCCAGCAGUUGCGACAACUGUUCCAAAGCGUGAAGGCUCUACUCGGCAAGCAUGUCAAGAUCCUGCACAAGAACGUCGUCAAGCUGGAGACGAAGGGCGACAAGACGGAGAACAGAGUCCUGGUGUUCUCGCCGUGCCGACUGUUCCUGCUCACAGCCAAAGUGCCAACAAGGAUUGACUCCCACUUCCAUUACUUGGAAAUUCAAGCGAUUGAGAGCAAAAAACCAAACCAGUUGGUCCUGACGGUCGGGGACAAGCUGUACUCCUUCCUCACGCCCGAGGACUCUGGCAGCCAGGAGGUGGACGCCAUGGUGACUGCCCUCGCCCUCGCGAUACGCAACAUCUUCCCCGCCGUCCCCCUCACGCACGUCAUCAGGAAGGUGGAGGUGCUGCCGCCGUGCAGGGUCCAGCAAGUGCUGGGUGCGGAGCCAGGGCUGGACAAGCGUGCCACGGGGCCCUGCGGGGGCUUCUCCACGCAGUACGCCUGCAUGUGCGACUACCACGGCAUGCCUUACCGCGAGGAGGUGUCCUGGGAUGUGGAUACAAUAUAUUUGUCGCAUGACACAAGAGACCUUUGCCUUCGAGACUUUGAUCAUCUGGACCCAAAGGACUUGGUGCCGAUAAUCAGUGCGCUGGAGUACAACACUUGGUUCACGAAGCUGCGUGCGGGUGGCAUGAAGCUGAGUCACGAGGCCUUGGAGCGCGUCCUGCACGUCAUGAGGAAGUCGCUCAGUAUCGAAGAGCUAUACCUGGACAACAUCGGGGUUAAGUGGGACUUUGCCCACAAGCUCUCUCUGUCGCUGAUAUCCAACGCAAAUACUCCGCUGCAUACGCUAGACUUGUCGGGCAACACUAUAGAGGACAAGGGUGCAUCUAGUUUGUGUGGAAUUAUUGCCAAAAUUAUGCAAGGGGCGAGCCACCUGAGCGGGCCGCUGGCGCGGGGGCCCAAGGGCCUGGUGCGCCUCGACCUGUCCCACUGCGGCCUCACGGCGAAGGGCGUCAACCAGCUGGCCCACGCGCUCUCCCUCAACAAGUUCCUGCCCAGCUCGCUCACCCACCUCCACCUGAGGGGCAACAACCUGCGCGACGACACCAACAACCUGUGUAAUUUUCUGGCACAGCCAAACACCAUCACACAUCUUGACAUCUCUGCAACAGAUAUUGCUCUUGAAACUAUAUUCGGGGCGCUGCUGCGGGGGUGUGCCACCAACCUGGUGCACCUGAACGUGUCGCGCAAUGCCUUCAGCGCCAAGAAGACCAAGGAGGUGCCGCCGUCCUUCAAGCAGUUCUUCACCAGCACGCUCAGCCUCAAGCAGCUCGUCAUGUCGCACUGCAAGCUGCCCCUGGAGGCUCUCAAGAACCUGCUGCUAGGGCUGGCGUGCAACGAGUCUACCACGGACAUGGAGCUGGACAUGAGCUGCAACAACCUGGGUGCACAGGGCGCGCACGUCCUGGAGUCCUGCAUCCACGGCAUCCGCUGCAUCGGCAGCCUCGACAUUAGCGAGAACAAUAUGGACGUGGAGCUGGCGCCAGUGGUCACCGCCAUCAGCAAGAACAAGUCCAUCAAGCACCUGAACAUGGGUCGCAACCUCAACAACAUGAAGGCCAAGCAUGUGGCCUCCAUCAUGGACGCCCUGGUUCAGAUGAUACAGGAGGAGGACUGUGUUCUGCAGACACUUGCCAUCCCCGACUCCAGGCUCAAGAGCGACCUCUACAACCUCAUCAAUGCUCUGGGCAGCAACCAGUGUCUGCAGACCAUCGACAUCAGUGGCAACAUGAUGGGGGAUGCGGGAGCUCGGUUGCUGGCAAAGGCACUGCAAAUCAACUCACGUCUGCGUACUAUCAUCUACGAUCGCAAUAAUGUCACCGUGCAGGGGUUCAGUGAUCUUGCGUAUGCUCUGGAGAGCAACUACACGGUGCGCUACAUGCCGUUCCCAGUCCAUGACGUGGUGCCGUGCAUGAAGACAUCUUCGGAGCGCACCGACACAGUCAUGCGCAAAAUACAGGAUCUGCUGCACAGGAACGUCACACCUAAGAAGUACAGCCAAGGCCAGGCGUUCAGGCUGCAGCAGGGCUUCCUGCUCAGCUCCACGCAGCAGAUGGUGGACCGCCUGGUGGUGCAGACCCAGGACAUGAUCCGCAGCCUCGCGCAGGAGUCCACAGACAACAACAACCAGAUCAACCUGGCCACCGGCCUCAUACAGGAUGCUGACAACUCCAAGCAGCUGCUGCCGAGGCUGCAGGAGGUGGCUCAGCGGCGUGAGGAGAGUGGCAACCCCAUCGAAGUGAAGCUGCGGCAGAUGUCCGACGAACUGCAUGCCGUAGUAGUUGCCUACCUGCAGGGCACCCUGGAGAGCAUGAUGAAGUGCGCCGAGGACCAGUGCCCUCACGUGCUGUCGGGCGACCGCAUCCAACAGGAAAUCCGCUCCACCUGCACGGACAAGAACUGCCUCCAGCCGGAGUUCGUGCGUGCCUGCAUCCUGGAGCAGGCCGGCACCGACAUCAUGAACAGGGUCAAUGAGCUGAACCUGGCUGUCGCAGCCCACAUGUCGGAUCGCAUUACCGAUGAAGUCAUAGAGUCUUUAACCAGGAGCUAUAAGUCCUUGGUUGGAGACGUGAAUAAGCAAAGAUCUUCCACUCCGGACGUUCUCCGUACUCGUUCUCGUGUAAGCUCGGACUCCUCUCGCAACGACCCCAGUGACUCAUACUCGAUGGCGGAUACCUUGAGCCAACAGUCAGAUCAGUCCCCAAUGAAACUGGAGUAUUUGAACCUCGCCACCCCGCACCUAUCCACGAAGAGAAAGAGUCUGCAUGGUCGUAAGUUAAGGCCAAAGUCUGUUGUCGACACAAUAGAUGGUCUGUCUGCCGAUGACAUCCCAGACCUUUUGCCCACAUUGCCUCAGACCACAGAAGACUGCCUGGCGGAGUCGCUGGACUGCGUGUCGGAGCUGCCGGCCGUGGGCCAGCUGCAGCACCUGGUGAAGGGCCGGCCGCGGCGGGCCAAGACGCGAGCGCCCUCGCGCCCCAUGCUGCGCCCCGCCGAGGUGGCGGGCCUGCAGGACCUGGGCGAGGGCCUGGACACCUUCUUCCGGCCGGGCUCCGCCACCCCCACCCCCCUCGUGUCCCCCACCUCCGACGACAGUUCGUUUCCCUCGGAAGGAAGUCCAAACCACCAAUCAGCAGACAAGGAGAUCUUGUCAGCUGAGAGGAAGAUUUCCAGUUGCUCACCGUGCCCGGCCGUGAAGGGCUUGGGGAGUCUCCUGGAGCCCGCGCCCCGGUCCGUGUCCUCGGACAGCCUGGAGAAGUGCUCGCCCCUGGUUGGUCGGCGGGCGGGGAGCGAGUCCCCCCUCACCGCAUCCCCCCUGGCACGAAGACUGACGACACACGACCUGCCCGACACGGGAUCUCGAGAUGAUAGUAGCGGGUCAGAAAGUUCUCACCUGUCGGAGAUCAAGUCAAAGCGGUCCACCAAUCCUCUCAGGCAGGACUGUGGCCGUUCGCCCACCAAUGGCUUGCCGAAGAGUGGAGAAGUCCCUAAGUCUCCAGUGCUCAAGUCAUUGCCUGCUCGACCAGACUCUGCAGGGAGCAAGAUGCUGGCCAGCAAGGUGAAGCCCCCCCCACCCAUUGCACCGAAGCCUCGUCCGUGGUCUAUGGUCGGCGACAGGAAGUCAGGAGAAUUCUCUCUGCCGAGCGACGGCUCCAGCUCCAACACGUCGGCAGCCAACACUCCGGACUCUGGAGAUGCUCUGGAUGAGUCCACAGACUCCGGAGUUGCCAGCAUGGGCUCUGCUUCAGGAGAGAAGAGAUCAGUACGGGAGAUGGCUGCCAACCUGAACAAGCAUGGGCCAAGCGAGACUGAUAGCAGGAACAGCUCAGAUUGCAGGAGCUCGGUGCGGGCCGCCGGCUGGAAACCAGGAGUGCGAGCCACGCAGCCGUUCUUUAAGGAGGUGCGGGUGACCUGGGAUGAAGAGGACUCUGUCGACGUGUGACGGCAGCCGGACCGCUGGCGUUUCACUGCACCGUAGUCGCAGCUUCUUAGCGUGCACCGAACAGCUCGUCCACUCUUCUCUCGGAAACUUGCACGAGUCUGUCCCCUCGGGCCUCGUUUCGGCCGUUAUUAACGCUGUGUUUACUUAGCGAUCAGUUUGUUAUGAGAACUAUUUGCCGGUCAAGUUGUUGCGUAGUGAUCAUCUAGUUAGCAAUCAAAAAUUGGAAAUGUUGAUGAUGGAAACUCAUUUGUUUUUUGUGCCCACAAUAGGAGGGUGGAUGUAUCUACCAAUAGUUUUUACUGUUGUUGAUUGUGUUUGUUUAGAAUAAAUGGUGCUUCGUAAUAGCUGGCAAGUGGAUUGAAAGGGAAUUUCCCUUUGUGCAUUUGUUUUUUACUUUGUUGUUAUAUGUUGUUCUUAUGGUACUGACAUCUGUUAAGACUGCAGAAAUACUUUUAUAUGUUUGUUAAAUAACCAAAUUAAUGCUUUCAUGAGGGAAAGUUUUAAAUUGGAAAUAACAUUUGAAAAGUUAAUCUUUUGAGGAACAAACAGUGUUGUUAAAAGUACUCGGAAAAAGUAAUUGGGCUCAAUUACAAUUACUGUGGCGAUAAUGUAACUAAUUACAAGUAAAAAUUACUUUAUAUAGAAGUAAUCAGUAAAAUUACAAUUACAAUUACAAUUACUUUCCGCUACCAUUUUAAAACUGACCUAUGAUUCAAUUUUUUUACACUUUGUUACAUUUAUAAACAUACAUACAUAUAUGUUUUGUUAAAAAAAAUGAUUUCAUGUAAUAAUUAAAUUUAUUAUCUUUAAUUAAAUUAAUAAUAUUUGAGUACAAACUUGCUUGAAUAACAUCAAAAGACUUCAUACAAGUAGCUACCUGUAAUAAAAGUAACACUCUUUAAAUUUUGGAAUUGACCUUACGAAACAAUUGUAUUUUAAAGUUCUCAUCAGAUAGAUUCCCUCUCUUGAUGGCAAAAACAUCUUUACCAACACUGAAAAAGACGCUCAACGGGAGAACUUGACGGCAGCGAUGUGUUAAAUUUUAAGAAUGCAGAUUUUAGGAUAGGGUAAUGCUGGAGACACUGCAAGUCACUGUGUAUCUUCAUUUUUGAUCAUAGAUGUUGUGCAUACGAUCGUAGCACUACAAGCGUAAAAUUAUAAGCUUUACUAAUACAAAAGUGUAUGAUCUUCUUGUUCUUAAUUGGAUUCAUUAUACGUUCCGAGAAUAAAAGUAACGGCAAGUAAAUAUAAAGUAUCGAUUACCUUAAUGUAUCGAUUACAAUUAAUGUUAUGUAUUCAGAUUACAAGUACGAAUUACAUUUUUUAAAUGUAAUUCGUUACAAGUAUAAAUUACUUGAAAAGUAAUCGUUACAAGUAAUCCGAUUACAUGUAAUUCGUUACUUAACAACACUGGGAACAAAUUACUCAAGAUUCAUAAUAGAAAUGUCUAAAAAGAUGUGAUCAUUUCUCCUAAGAUGCAUUGAAGUACUCUUAUUUUCAGAUUAGUUCUUAAAUCAUUUGCUAAAGUAGAAAAAUAAACUUCAAGAAGACAUACUCAUAUUAACUUGUUGUCUAGUCUUCAGGCCCCUUGGAGGGCAUGCCACUUGAGUGUAGUGUAUGUUACCAUAGAUGAAAACUCACCAAGUCGAGUGUGCUGAGGACGUGACAGAUCAUGCUGAAUAUUUAUAGUCAUAUUAGGUUUGGUGGAGUUAAAUGCUGCUAGUUUGCAACAUCUAGAAGUUAGCAAUUAAUUAAAUUUGUUUAGAGAUUGAUUAUGGCUCUAAUGUUUCACAGUUAUAUUAUUUUUCAUUUAAAUUAGUAAAAUUGAUUAUAUGUAAAGAAAAUGCAUACAAGGGACUACAGAGUUGAAAGUUUGCAGUCUUUACAUUUUAUUCAUGACCAAAGACUUUUGAUUAAGUAAUUCAUUUCAUGUUCAUUCCUCAUUUUCAUAUGUUCUGAACAGUUUCUGUGACUGAUUUUUUUUUUUUAUGUUUUGUACUUGCUCACGUUUACUAUAGAAUUUUCCUAGCACAGAAAAUUAAAAAAAAGGUUUUUUUUUGUGGUUUUCAUUAUCACCCGCAAUGUACAUUAAAACAAAAAAGCACUACAUAUCUCAUGUAUAUCAUUAAAACACAUUUCAUUUGAGUUGAAAUUGGUAAGCACUACUAUAUAGAUGGUCAAAUUUAAAAAAUUUCAGAAUAAUGGUCCUUUAAUGUGUUAUUCUUUUUAAUUAGUCUUUAUCUUCUCUCAGGCCUGUAUAUAUAUCUUCUGAAAAAAAACUUGCAUAUGUAUUUUAUGAGAUUUAAACUCUCCCUCGUGGUAGCUAAUUACUAGAGACAUGCAUAUUUCGCGAUUGCGAUAAAACGAAUUUUUACGCGAAUUUGAGUACAUUUUUAAGAAUAACGCGAAUUUCUCACAUUUUGGAUAAUAACGCGAAAUCCUUGAAUUUUCGGCGAACAGUCAGAACAUUUUCCUCAUUCGAACACGGCAAUUCAAUUUGUAAAUACAGUAACAAACGUGAAACAACAAAAAACCAAAGAUAACUACCCACACAGUGUAUUUUAUAACAUGAAAAGUUGCUUUUAUUUCUAAACAUGUAACAAUUUAAGCCUAGGCGUGUAAAAGUCCGAGUAAUUACAGCAGGAGACAAUCUAAAAUGUACUAGGGAAAAACGUAAACUCACGAAUAUAGAAACGUAACGGAAAUGUCGGAAAUAUUACGUGGCUGAUCGUAACAUUGUAAGUGCUGAUACUGUAUUUAUGUCACAACUUAGCCGAAAUACUGGUACGAGACAUGAACUUCACAAGAUAAAAUGAGUGGAAUCUUGGUAACUGUUUUAUACGUAUUAUAUAAUUUCGGAAGUAUUAUACUGUUGACGCAUAUUUUUUAAACUAACCAUUUAUUUGUGGGGAUCGUAAAUUAUUAAUUAUUGGUAUCAAGACAUCAAGAUGAACGUAAACUUGAACAUGUCACGGCAGCGAGUAAGCGGGUGCGUAUACCAAUAAACUGGUAUUAGAACUGGACAAAACUGGUACACGGGAGGUGGAGCUUAUAUUUUUUUCCGCUAGGCUCGCUUCUAUUGGCUGGCUGCUGAUGGAAGGUCACGAGUCUGGGCGGAGCAUUGAAUGAGUUAUACUGCGCAUGCGCAGCUCAGAGAACAGACGCCGCACUGGGCCGCACUGUAACAACAGAUGAUCGAGUACAAUGACCUUUCUCCGCGCAAGGCGCGCAAUUGACGGUAAAUUUUCAUCAAUUUGCGCCCCUUUUUUAUUUAUUUUUACUGUGUAAUGUAGCCCGUUCUGAACGCGGCAGGAUGCGACUGUAUUUUAAUUAACUUUAACGUAUUUCUUACUUUUCCCUUUAUUUACACUUUCCCGCUUUUUACACUUUUUUACUUUGUCCCCAUGAAAAGUGCAAAUAAGGGGUUUUGCUGUAUUUUGAUAUUCGGCUCGCCUGGACAGUCGAUUAUCACGGUGUUUACAGCAGGUUGUUUCUCGAAGCGUUGUUCUCUUAUAUAGUCUUUAGCGUUGUUUGUCCAUUGCGUCCAUUUUUAUUAACCAAAUACCAAAUUUAAAAUGCAAACACGGUGACGAUUCGUAACAUUCUGUUGUGCGCAAGUUAAAGUUUAACGGGUCGAAUUUUGUUACAGAUAGUUUUCAACGUCUGUGAAAUAAAUUAAAGGUGUACAAUUUAAAGGUCGGCUAAAACAUUAGGCCUAUUAAAAUGCCUAAAGUGCCGGUAACUGCAAAACAGCGAGCCUCUGAAUUUUCUCAACACGGACUUUAUGCUAGUGAUUCAACCACACUUUUUUGUCGUCACUGUAAUGUCACCGUCUCUUGGGAUAGGAAAGACUCAUGUGAAAAACAUGUAGGCAGUGAAAAACACAAGAAGCGUCUCUCUUCAUUGCAAGGCUCAUCUAGUGCGUCUGAACGCCAGUCGUCAAUAUCUUCAGCGUUUCAGACAGCAAAAAAUAAUGUCCAAAAAGACAAAAAGUUGGAAUUUAUAAAGGAAACAGCAGAGACCUUUAUAAAGGCAAAUAUACCCCUUGAAAAGCUUGAUGAUCCUAAUAUCAGGGCAUGGCUGAACAAAUACAUCGAAGGUGCUGGAGACAUGCCACUUGCGAGAACAGUCCGUGAGAAAUAUGUAGGGGACAUAGCCAAAUGCAGAAUUGAAGAUGCCAAAACUGCAUUAAAGGACAAAAAAAUUGACAUACUGUGCGACGAAACAACAGAUAAAAUGGGUAGGUGUGUAUUUGUUGUUUUAUUUAGAAUUCUGAAUCUUCAACAGGAUAAACCAGAAAUAUUUGUUGCAGGAGUUCACUUUCUUGAAGCUGCUAAUGCCACAAACUGUGUGAGGGCAAUUUUAGAUUCACUCAAAAUGUACAAUGUACAGUAUGGUGAUGUGCUCUCAGUAGUAACCGAUGCUGCUCGUUAUAUGACCAAGGCUGUUAGUACUCUCGAAGUAAUCCUUGGAGACCAGUUAACGCAUGUCCAGUGCUGGGCACAUAAGUUAAAUCUAGUUGGCAAUGUCUGGGUGAAAGAGUUGCCUGAGUUGAACAAUGCUAUGAGCAAAAUAAAAAAUGUGUUCAACAACACCAGGAAAAGAAGGCACCUGUAUGCUAGCUUUCUUGAAGAAAAGCAUGGAGAGAAACGUCCAUUGUUCCCACUUCCUGUUGUUACUAGAUGGAAUUCCUGGUUCAACAGCGUUUUUUAUGUAGCAGACUACAUACAUGACAUUGUUGAUUUCUGCAAAACAGAUGAACUAAAGGCAACACAAAAUUCAGGGGUUGAGUUUCUGUGUUCACUCACAGAAAAUGACAUUUCUCUCAUUCUUUGUCAAGCUGUCUUUGUGAAAGAGCAUGCCAAGAGCCUUGUAGAGCUAAUACAGAAACUUGAAGGUUCUUUGUAUCCAACUGCCCAUUCACUAUAUGGGGACUUGCAAGGUAUAAAAAAAAAAUUUGAAAACAUCACUCGUGGCAUUUAUUUUGAGGCAACCAGUAGAGCUUUGUCUAACAUGCCCCCCGCUAAAGCUGCUGAAGCUAAAGUGUCCAUCACAAGAACAGCAACACAAGCCCUUUCCAAACUGAACUCUCUCAUGACAACUGACCCAAGUAGAAAGAGAUUUGAAGCAAUUCAAAUUUUUAGUCAGGAAAGUUUGUUGCUUGCUAAAUUAAACCCAGAAAUGGUGCAGAAACUGAAAACUGUCCAUAGUCUCUACUCCAUAAGCACUGAAGAAUUAACAGCUGGUUUUGGUCAGCUUCAGGACAUUGUUACAAAACAAAUGGAAACAGACAAUUCAGUGGACGUAGUGAAGUCAUUGAAUGUAGUAAAGCUGUCACAGCCAUUGUUUGCUUCCAGCUGCCUUGAAGCCAUCUGGAUGCCUUCUGCAAACGUUGACUGUGAACGAUUUUUGUCCUCAUAUAACACAGUCUUAACAGACCGCAGGACAAAUUUAAGUGAGGCUAAUUUGUGUAUCAUGGCUACUUUUGCUUUCGAGAGCUAAAGUUUGAGGAUUUUGUUCCAUGUGUUUAUGUCACUAUUUUAGAGACUUCAUAUUUAUUCUUGCUGGUUUAGGUACUAAAAUAUUUUCAAUUACUGUAUGUAAAAAGUGAUGUGUAAAUUCGAUUGUAAAUUACUGCUGCUAGUGCAACUGUACAAUGCAAGAAUGUGUCCAAAAUUUCAAGGUAUGCUUAGCUUAAUUUUUUUAAUUUAUAGUGCUAAAACUAUUUAAAAAAUAACACCGCUUUUGAUGUAUGAUAACACCACUUUUAAGGGUAAAUAACAACGAAUUUUGCUAUAAAAUAAACCCCAAAACUGCAUGUCUCUACUAAUUACUAUCUUUGUAAAGCUGAAUUUUUUUUUAUAUGCUGUUGUAUUUAUCAUAUUUUACACAAAAAAAUUUGUUUGAGAAUGGUGAUAGUUUAAUAAAAAUGUUGGAGCUUUUGUAAUUUGUUUUGAAAUAAGUAUUACUGUACUUAUGCAUUAGUAUUUUUUUUAUGUAAAAGCUGGAAAGAUAAUUUCUAAUGUUAAUAAAGAAUCUGUAGGGUUAUAUUAGUCAUGAUCACAUGGUUUUUCUAUACAGGUUUCAAUCAUUGGUAUAUUUGUCACACUUGGAUGGUCACAUCUAUAAUAGUUGUAUUUAAAAAAAAAUAAUUUUUUAGUCAAUGAUCACUCCUAAAAACAAUUUUUAAAAUUUAUUAUAUGUGAUGAUCUAGUGCAAUAUGUAUUACUUAAAAGUUAUUUGUUGUAUUUAUUUAAAUUUAUAGUGUUUUUAUUUUUUUUUGCCAUUUAUACUGCAAAAUACCAGAUAGAAAUUUUCAGAACAAUUUAAAGUGUUAUGUAAUACGUAUGUCUUACUUAAGAUUCAAUAGAAAUAAUAUAUUUAGUAAUUUUAACCUUUUUUUUUGUCUAGCUACUGACAAUUAAUAUUGUGGCUGGGCUGUGUAAUACUUGCCAUUUGAAAAUGGUUUUAUUUUAAUUUUACUUCUGCUGAAUACACACACUAUGUAUAGCCUUGUAAUUUUGUAUUCAAAUGGCUGAUGAUUGAGUUUUUGUACUGCAAAGUGUAUAUGGGAAAUACUGUACCAUGUAUAUAUGUAGUUCGUUACCUGUGUUACGUUCAAGUUUAAGCUGAGAGUGAAUAGGACCUGAGGAAUUUAGAUCCAGAAUUGUUUUUGCUUUAAACAUUUUUAAUUAAGUUUGAAAUAUGUAAGUAUUGUGUUAAAAACAUUAGAGAGCUAAUUUGGGUUUGUUAAAAUGAUGUAACUGUAAGAAUAUCUUGUGUACCAUAUAUGAAUUCACUUAUAUGAGUAAAUUGUUGUAUUUAUGUAAAUACAGUCAAUGUUGAUAUUAAUGAAAGGAAAGAAGUAUUUAUGGUGCUGCUCAGUUGUGCAAAUGCUGAGUGCACAUAGGGAUGCCAAGUUGUGUUAGUGUUAGCCUCCAUGGAUGCGUGGGUUCUGAAUGUUACAUUGGCAAGGGUGGCGUGUGCACAGAGGUAGCUGAUGUAGCGUGCCAGUGUGUGUUCCACUUGCCAGAAAGCUAGGUCUCUCCCAUUUUUGUUAUGUUGUUGAGGUUAGCUGGAGAAGACUUCUGUCCCAGCUGGACCUGUUCUCCGUCGCGGGGGCCCUCCCUGUCAUGUUAGCUGUCGUUCUGCCUGUGCCUCGCGGCUGUCGCGCGAAGGUGAUGACUGCUGUGCUUGUUCCUGCUCACUAAACUUUUGCCAAAUGUUUUUAGACGACAGCUGUUCUUUUUUUUUUUUUUUUUAAUUACCGUCCACUCUGCUCUUGUACAUUCCAUAGGUUGUAAGCACCUAAACUCCUAACAGUUAUGCCUGCUAACUAAGUUAUGAUGUGUGAACAUACACUUAGUUUCACUGUUUUGCUUGACGUGAUGUUUUUGAAGAUGUAAUGUGGCUUUAAAAAAUUCAUAUAAAAUGUUUUGUUUGCAUCUUGCCAAACAUUAUACAUUACAUUAGCAAGCACUGUCUUCCAUUCAACAGUCAUUUCUGCUAUAAAGGAACAUUUGGUAGUUUUAUCUAAACUUUCAAUUAGGUUUACUUUGGUAUGCAUAUCAGUACUUUGAAUUGCAGUCGGCAAAAGUGCCUUUAAGUUCAGUAUCACUCAAUCAUUUAGCUAUAAUGUCAUCAAAUGUUUUUUUUUUUAUUUAUGAUCCUUUUCUGGUGGUCAGGAUUGGAAUUACUACUAAUAUAUAGGGCUGGGCCGAUGCCGAUUCCGAUUCUUGAGUAUCGGCCGAUAUUCAGAGUAUCGGCAUCGGCAGCAUCUGUAAAAUAAUUGCCGAUACUUCGCGCCGAUACCUCAGUCCAAGUUCUUAAACUGUGUUACAGCAAAUUCUCUCUUAGUACGUCCCUCUUGUUAACGUACAAUCCAGUAUAAUGUAUAAAGCCACCGGUCUUGAAACGCCAUGCAAAUUAAUAGGCAUAAUAAAUAUAUAACGUACGUUUUUCAAAGCCCUGGACUGUAAUUUCUCGUUAAUACAGUAAGUCCUCGGUUUACGUCGGGGUUACGUUCCUGAAAACCGUGACGUAAAUAGAAACGACGCAAAAUGAGCCAUGUUUCAUGCCACCGGCCGGCCACGGCCCAAGGUCGGACGGAAGCGCUGGCAUACAGACGUGACAACGGGCAAUUUUAUCAGCAAAUUACAACCGACAGCGUGGGAAACAAGUCCAACUAGUACUUCUCAGCUUUAUAGAAUGGUUAUUUAACCAGCUGCUUUAUUACCUUUAUUGAUUGAAAUAUAAAAACAGAUACACCAAUCCCUCACUUAGCACGACUAAUUCGUUCCUAAAAAUGUUCGUGUUAAUCGAAAUUGCGUAUUCUGAAGCAUUAGUCCCCAUAAAUAUAAGGCUAAAUUAUUUAAUGUGUUCCAAGAUGUGUAGGGAAGUAAUCUUUAUAUAAUAUAAAUGCGUAGAAUAAUACUUGAAAAUGCAUAUGUCAUAUCAUUUAUCUUUUUAAGCCUACCACCGAAUACGUUAGAUAAAGAAAACAUGGCACAGUGUAACGGGAGAUAAGUGGUAACAUAUUUACCGUCAGUCAGCAGGUUGGCUUGCCCGCCCAGGCGUGACCUUCAACACGCGCGCGCGUCUGUCUGCCUGCUGUUGCAAGCAGCUGGAUCCUUUGUUAUUACGUUUAAAACUUAACAAAAUUAAAACACUUUUAUGAAAUUAAGAACGGGUUUUAUAUAACUUUAAAACACACAGCCAUAUGUAAACAUUUAAUUUGUUAUGCACACCUCUUAUAAAAGCGGCUAUGUAAACAAAUCAGUUAACAGAUAAACAGAUUUAGAUUUUCCCUAGAGCACAAACAUAACAUUAAAAUACGGGUACACUCCCUAUUUAACGCGGUUGUCGGGGGACAUAACUUUUACCCGCGUUGUUGCAUAACCGCGAUGUUUCGAUGUGACCAAGGUCAAAAGGCAUAAAACACCGCCUGUGUUCUAAUAGGUCGGCAAGCACGCACAGUAUAGACGGCCCGCCUUUGUGCGGACUUUGCAUCCGCAGUUUCCACUAAACACGGGUGAAAAAAUAAAAAUAAUAAAUUUUAAAGAUAAAUAUUAAAUGUUGAAUUGUUUUUAUUUUUCCGCGUGCCGCGCACAGUUUGUCGCACGGCCUACGAGCGCGCCACACGCCGCCAUACACAUGUGCGGCACACAAGCUGCUGCUGCCAGUCUCGUGGUGUUAGCCACAGUAUCUGCUUCGUCAGUGUCCGUAACAAAGUAAGUGCAGUGUGUGCGGUUACACACGAUUCUGUGGUCAAAGUCUUCUAAAAAGAAAGGCCGUAGUGAUACUUCAAACCGAAUAUGAAUCGCAAAGUACCGAGUUUGAUUGACAAAAUAAAAAUCCUAGAUUUACUUACAGAUAGCUUGUCUUUUGUAGAAGCAGGCCGCAGAUACAGGAAAAAAACGAUUCUAGCAUUCGUACAAUAAAAAAUAAAGAAUCGUCUAUCGUGUCAAGUGGUUAAACUUUAUUAUCCAUGCUUACAGUAAAUUAUAAAUGGUCACAUGUGGGAAACAAAAAUUGCGCCAAUUUAAUUUUAGCGCAAUCAGUGACGCCGUAUUAAAAACCGUGUUAAACUUUGUCUUUACUUAUUUCACCAAACGCUGUGUCGAGUUGCUGAGUAUGUGUGGCUCGGAUCGGCAAGUGUUAUAUUCCCCAGCCUCUGUUUAAAGGUCGGGAGACCGCUCCACAUAAACAUUUCCGGGACUUGUUUACUACCUCACGGCAAAAGUGGUACAGUAUGGUUCACGUAAAUAUUGGACCACUGGGAAUUCCUGGGCAAAGAUUAAAAAUACGCUAGCCGAUUUACUUUACUAUUUAAUGUUAAAACAUUAUACCAAAGUAAAAAGAUGAACUUGUAUAAUACAAUGAAUUACCCAAUAAUAUUACGUCUGUAGGUUUAAGUUGUAACAAAACAUUUAUAUACAUAUGUCCAGUAAAGUACCAAUCAAGAUUCUGGAGUGGAAUUUUAAACACCGGACUACCUGAUUUUGCCUUGUACGCAGCGACGCUGCUCAGUCAAGUGACUCAUGCUCUGCCUGUGUGCUGCGUGAACACAUUCCCUCCCCCACUCCCCCUGGUGUUUCUGCCCGCUCUAAUCUCUACCUCUCUCCAUAUUCUCGGCUCGCCUCUACCCCGCGCUUGCCGACAACCAAGCCUAUCCAACAUCAAUCCCCAGCCGAGUCACGCUGGAUGUCGCUGGACGGUGGGCUUUAUCAGGUCCCCUGUCCAAUGCUUCAUUUGUGAGAUAAAGCGACGUUAAGAACUAGUGUUUCAGAAAAUAUCACUGGGCUGGAUUGGACCAUAAUUUGAAAACCCUACAAGAUAGAGGAAUAAUGUACGGAGAUAUCUUGUUUAGAAUUUUACUGCGGACAUUUUCUACGCCUAGGCUUUUUUCUGCCCGAUGCUUAGUUUGUUAGUUACAACGCAAAAUUAUCCUAAUCGGCUGUCAACCAUUUAUUCCAUUAUUAUUAUUCAUUUCUGACUGGGGGACAUGGUUUGACCCGCGAUAUACCCGAUUCUGCGAUCAAUCGGGGCGCGAUAUACCGGGAGUUUACUGUAUGUACAAUAUGUACAUAUACAAAACAUAAAAGUUAGUUAAAUAUUUUCUGGGGUGAAAUUUACACUAUCAUCUUGCUUUUUUAAAAAAAAACGUGUCCAAUUUCAUCUGCUUUGGUUUCUGUACGGUACGGCCUGGUCUGCAGCCGGGCAUCAACGGUAGGGCCUGGUCUGCGGCCGGGCAUCAACAGUACGGCCCGGUGUUUGUUUAUCUGCGUGCGCAUCUCUUUCCCCUCGCAUUCCAAACCACUCUUCCCCCCUCGAAUUCCAUACCUGACGUCGCGUCGUUUCCGAGAUUUUUUUUAGCCUGUGGCGAUUUCGUGCUAACUGAAAUUUACAGACGUGCUAUUCGAGACUAGGGCAGUAAAAUUUACAUCGUGCUAACUGAAUUCGCAUUAAUUGAAGACGUGCUAUGCGAGGGAUUGGUGUAUAUAGUAUAUACUGUAUGUAAUAUAAACGCAUAAUGCAUUCAAAGUGUAAGGAUACAAAGUGGUUUAGCGCUACACAGAUUUUACUUUAAGUCAUUCGCGGGAGAAAACAACUGUUUUCUUUUGGAGGCUGGUAAGAACAAAGUCAAAAGAAAUGCAUACAUACAAUAAAAGUACUAUAAGUAUGACAAACAUUGAGAGCCCUUGAUUUAAAAUAAUCACAUGAAGUAAUAAACACCUAAAAGAGGUUAUACAAUAGCGCGGCGCAAUUCUUACAAUUUACGUACGGGAAUAAUUCUAAUAAAAAUCAAUGUAAAAUAUUUUUCAUGAGAAACACUACUUUAAAUUUACGUCGCAAACAAUAUAAAUUAUAUCAUUUUACGUAACAACGGCACGUUUAAAACUCCGGCCAACUCAAUGAUAUCAUAGCGACUGAAGUGCCAAGGAGUUGGACGAAAAGGGGUAGGAGAAAAUGCUGUGUCGUUGCGGGAAGUAGAUAACACUUCUACGUGCGAGAUACGUGGGUGGCCGAGCGGGCGGGCUGGUAGUAUUGCAUCACCGCGCGGAGAGCAGCGGAUAGCAGGAAGCGUCCCUCAUGAUGUAUGAUAAGAUAAGGCGGUGAACGUGUAGCUUAUGCUACAUAGCAUAAAUUAACUACCGAAGGAAACAAAGAAUUAUAAACGAAUUAUAUACAGUGUUUUGGUUAAAAUAAAGAUUUACAGUCAUUGUAAAUGACGUUAUUGUGAAUCGGCGACAACUUAAAUUGAAACAUGAGUACUCAAACAUUAGCGACGUUAAUCCAAAACGACGUAAAUCGGUACGACGUAAAUAGAGGACUUACUGUACGUAUCUUUUUGCCGAUAUUAUUAUACAAAAUAUUAAACAUUUUCUCAUUUCAUUCCCAAUUCUAUAGCUUUGUUUAACAACAGGUCUUGUGGAAAUUGUUUACAGGCGUUUUCUUUAUUACGUUGAGUAAAAUGGCAGGUGCAGUGCUGGUAACCGUGCGGAUAGAAAUUUCAUUCGUAUAAAAAAAUGUCAGUUUUUUGUGUGAUUGGUGUAGCAACAUAACAUCUAUGCGGAAUAAUCAAGUUAUAAAUAAAAAACGCCUAACUUUUUCAACUAAGAAAAAAACAAUUCGAUAAUAUUUAUCCUACAAAAUACGUAUUUUCGCGUUUGAAUUUGUAGCAAUGGAUAUUGGCCGAUGGUGGCCAUAUCUGGCUAGGUACAUAAAACGUGGAUUAUACGAUGGCCAACGACUACUAAUGCGAUUAUGUUACCGUUUGUUUUCUGUUUCGAUGACCUAACCCAUAAUUUGCUUGUAAACAUAAUUUCAAAUUAACAUAUUUCGCAAUUGUACACAAAUGUAAUACGUAUACAACAUUUAUUUAACAGAUCUAGUGGCACACAGUUUCCGACGCUAGUGAACAUUUUGUGACGUUUCGUGAAGCUUGUUUAAUGGCGACGUGACGACGUGGAUAACUAGUUUAUAUUUUUAUAUUUAGUGUAUUAUGGCAGCAUAUGUAGGUAGGCCUAACCGUAGAAGUUAUGAGUACCCAAAAGCGUGUGGUUAUCAGCAUUGCAAAGUUAUGAAAGACAUUUCUCAAAGGAAAGUUCAAACAAACAUUCUUGACUAUAUGAAAAAAAACUGUAGGUACUGUAUGUUGAACAGUUGAACAUUAUUUUAUAAUUGGGCUUGAAUAUGUCCAGCUAUUAGGGGAAAAAGUACACACAAAAUGCAAAUCCUGCCAAUUAUUUCUCAUGGACUGGUACUGUUCCAAUGCAUGUCAGUGCAUUUGGCAUGUUUAAUUCAACUGUAACAAAAGGUCGUGCAGGAUUUCUAUUUUUGGUAAAUAUGUAGUGUACAGAUUAUCGUCAAAAAUUUUUUUAAAAAUCUGAAAUAACUUUCAUUAUAUGCUCUUUUACGUCCUCUUUUCAUUACAGCCUGCGGAGAUAGGAAAUUCCAAAUACUUAAUAUGAAAUUAAAAAAUACUUUAUAAGUAAAAUAUCCUUUCAUAACACAAACAUUUCUUUGGUUAGUAUCGGCAUCGAGUAUCGGCAUCGAGUAUCGGCAGUAUCGGCCCAUAAGAAUCGCUAUCGGUGGAAUCGGUGAAAAGUGGUAUCGGCCCAGCCCUACUAAUAUAUACUGAUUUUUUUUCCCCUCUUAAAAACCAAAGUUAGUUUGAUACAAAAUUUAGACUGCAAAGUUUGGUAAUUGUAACCAAAUAUUAAUUUUUUCAAUGAAAAAUGGUUUUGGUUCCAUUUAAUCCUGCAAAACUUAUAUUUUUCAUUGUCAUUUGAAAAUACAAAUAUGGUCCAGAAUAUUUUAGCAUUCCUACUAAUAUUAUAAAUAUGAAAGUGUAUUUGUUUGUACUUCUUUCACGCAGCAACGGAGCAACAGUUUGACAUGAUUUUUGCAUGUAAAUAGUUGAUGGACCGGAGAGUGACAUAGACUACAUAUAAUUGUGAAAUUCCAUCCCUAGGGAGUGAAAAAUGAGUAAAUUCAGUUUUAUAAUAGAUAAUCAUAGGAGGUAGGUCAUAGACACACACAAACAGUGCAUUUGUGUCAUUUCUCUAUGUCCGCCACAUGGUCAUUCAGAAGGUCUGGCUACUUCUAGUCUUCUCCUUGGUUUAAUGAAGCUUGCGGCUGCUAGCGAACUAAAGACGCUAAUAACAGUUUUGUUUAGAACUUUGUCAGUAGAUGGCGUUGCCUUGAAUUUGUAACGCGCUAUUGUUUGUUGUGUCCGUCACUUCAUGUCUAAGGGUUACCUGCCUUCCCACAAAAUUAAACUGAAGAUUGGCAUCCGGUGUUGGUGAUUCGAAGCUUUCAUGCACCAAGAUUGUGCAAUCAAUUUUAAAAUCAAAAUUUCCCGUUUUUAAGGUGUAUGUUCUACAGACUUGAAACUUGGUAGUGAUAGUGAUGUUCCUUAAAUAAUGAUUUGUCUAGCCCGGGCAACGCCGGGUACUUCAACUAGUAGUACUAUAAAAACUUUCUUAAAAAAAAGUUUGGUUUUGGGAAAAUAGUUUAAGUGUUGUUUCUGCAUCUGUAUUUAUCUUCCAAUGUUACUAACUUAAAAUAUUAUCUUCCAAUAGUGAUUUAACUGUGACUGGUUAAAGUGCUGUGCCAUAUAUAACUCAAAGUUUUGUCUUUGCAUAUAUAAGGGUUUCAAUGUAAAAAAAAAAUGCUAAGAAGCACUUCACACAAAACACUCACACCAUAGUUUUAAAAAUGUAUUGAUGCUAAAUUUUAACAAAUUAUGAUUUAAAUCUGUUUCCUAGUUAAAUACUAAAAAAGCCAAUGUUCUGCAUUUGUAAUUUAUUAAAUGUAAUGAAACAUAGAAUAUUUCUUUUUUCAAAUGUGUUCAUUUAUAAUCAUCUUAAAUUCUUAAGCUCUGUCAUUAUCAACUUUAUAUUUACUUGCAAGGAAAAUUCAGAGUACGCCUUUUUAAGUAUGUAUUGCUUAAAUUGGAUUUACAUAUUUGUACAUUUAAAAACAAGUCUAUGAACAACAAUCCUGAAUAAUCAAUAGUGGUUUACAUUCUCUAACUAUUAACAAAGGAAAAAAAAAGAUCUAAUUGUAAUUGACUUUAAUUGAUUUUUUAUUAUUACUUUCAUGUAAAGUUUUGUGUCACUGUUCGACCUUUACAGGCUUCCAUAAAUGUUUUUAAAUUUGAACUAAUUGUAGUUGAAUAUUUAAGGAAGCAAAGUUUUGUUAUCACAUAUCCAUUCAUACAGGUGUACUCAUAGCUGCCAACUCUUACGAUUUUCCCGUACAGUGUACGAUAAUUGGCCCUAUUGUACUAUUGUACGAUCAUGUGUGUCUUUCUUACGGAUAUCAUUUUUGGAGUGUGGUUCGUUGUUUGGAUGUACCGUAUUAAUAAACCGCGCACAAUUCUUCGUAAAAUGUGUGCUGAGAAAGCAGGGUGACUGCUUAUUCAAAAUUUAACAACUUUGCAUGGCAACACCGCAUACCACAAGUUUUGUUAAGCUCCAACGUUGGGAAACCUGCUUUUAGUAAUCGAACGACGGACAUGUUGAACGUGGUCACUAGUUAAGAAAAAUUUGUAUUUACAGUCAUUUACGGUUGCUAGUACCAUGGGUGUGUGUUACGAGUGUUUGUCAUAAAAAUAACAAUCAUUGCAAUUUUCAGCAACCCGAAAAAGAAAACAUAUAAUCAAGUGUUUUUAGAAUGUUACAGCGAACAGUAUCCUUGGGCUUCUCGUUCACGAAGUGGAAGUAAUUUUGCCCGUUGUACUACAGUAGAACCCCGAUUUUGCGAACACGGAUUUAACGAAAACAGCGAUUUAACGUAAAGGUUUUCAGGAACCAUAAAAAAACACCAAUUUAUUAAAAUAAUAAUAUAUAUUUCCAAAAAAUUAAAGUAAAUUGUAACGGAAACUUAUUAAAAAAUACACUCUGUGGUGUCAGUAAUAGAAUGGAGGUACUAUAUAUUAAUAUGUACCUUUGCAUCAUCUGUCCAAACAUGAAAAAAUAAAAAAAAUUGUUCAAAUUGCUUAAAAACUCCGGGCGCUGUAACUGAAUUGCGUAGGUGCGUGCCUUUGCGCGCGCCUGGAUAGAUAGACUGUCCGCGACACAUUACGUCAUGAAGGGUUUCUUUGUCCGCAUCCCCCUCCCCCUCCCUUAUCAAUGCUUUACUCACCACGUUAUCUUCCACUCACGCCCGCAUAGUAACAGUGCUAGCCAAUAAUCACACGUUUCCAAAUAUUCCCUUUCCCAUCCUCCAGGUCACACCAAUACGCCAUUAUCAUUAUUCUCAGUAAGAGCUUUGUGCGCGGUGUUUAGUUUUUGGAAUACAUUUUUUAUAAGCGCUGUUCGGACUUAGAUUUUUUGCUUUUCUUCUUGGAUUUUGACUACAGAUUGCGAUUGGAAUUGACUACACUGCCUGUUGACGACCUGCUUAGCUUUUUUAUUGAUACAGUAUAAUCCCACUGAUGCGACCACUCACGGUUUCCGGAAAAACGGACUUAUAAACGGAAUGGUCGCAAUAGAGAUUUCGGGCCAAUUUGUACCCCCCCCCCCCCCCCUCAAAUAUAUCCAAAUAAAUCAAAUACUCGCGCUAAAUGAAUUCGUGUCACGCGAGUUCGGCUAUGCUAGCCGGCUGGUUAUUUUCGUUCAAAACAUGUCGAAGGAACUUGUGUGGAUCAGGUAGAAAACAUUCGGCUAUAAACGAAAGAUAUAAUAACAAUACUAUCCUGAAAUGCUGUGACACGUUUUUGGAGUAGAUAAUCACAGCGACAGACCGACAGGAUGCGCUCCCGCCUUGCCGUCAGAGAUGUUUAUUUUGACAGCUCAAGCAAUUAUCUUUUCCAUGUCCCCUCGCAGCGUAAAAAAAAAAAAAAACAAAAAAAAAAACAGGAAAAAAAAAACACGUUGGAAUGCAGAUGGAAAAGUAACUAUGCAUUAAAUUUAAUAUAUUUACGGCCCUGCUAAAUUUUUCUAUUCAAUAAAAUUCGAGGUAUUAGUGAUUUUUCAGCAGAAACUGCUGUGUGACUAAUAAACAAAUUGUAUCAUAAUAACUUAAACUUAUAAAGUAUUUAUUAACAGCGAAGGACAGUCGUAUAAGCCCAUAAAAAUAUUUAUUUUACCGAGAAUGGACUAUACAACCUGGAUUUUGUCGCACGCGUUGUGGGAGGGGAGGAGGAUGCUGACAGUUUCUCACGCAGAAGGUUGAAAUAAGGGAGGGAAUGUGUUGAAAUGUUAGUUGUUAAAAGGGGAGGGGGUGUUUUUACGUGGUUUGUGGCUCUGGGAGGGAUGAACCUUGAAGAAUUAGCAGGGGAUGGGAGGUAAGCGUCAUGUCACGUAUGACGUCAAGCCACCGCUACCGCCAGCCUGGCCGGACGAGUUUCUUACGCUCUCGCAGAAGCUACCACAGCAGCUUUUCUUGCGUGCGGGCAAGAUAACAUGACAGCUGAGACGGCUUUUCGUGCAUCGACGGGAUUCUACUGUACAUGAAUUUAUUUACUGUUUUUGGAUAUCGGCUUUGUUACGUUUUUUUGACGAUUCGUUUAUGUUACUGGUAUUAGAAUUGGACAAAACUUGGAUACGGGCGGAGGAGCUUUUAUUUUUUUUUUCCCGCUAAGCUCGCGUCAAUUGGCUGGCUGCUGAUGGAAGGUCACGAGUCUGGGCGGAGCGUUGAGUGAGUUAUACUGUGCAUGCGCAGCUCAGCGAACAGAGAGAGCCCGCCGGCGGCUACACCGCGCCGUAACAACAGCUGACCGAGUACAAUUAAUUACCUUUCUCCGCGUACGGCGCGCUAUUGACGGUAAAUUUCUAUCAAUUUGCGGCCUUUUUUUUUUUUAAUUUUUUUACUGUGACGCAAUGUGUUUGUAGCUUGUAUUUGUUAUAAACGGUGCAGGUUGCGACUGUAUUUUAAUAAACUUUAACGUAUUUCUUACACUUCUCAUAAUUUUUUUUGCCUAAUUUUUCACGGUUUCUGAAAAUCUGUACGUACGAACCGGGGGCCGUACGAGCGAGAUCAAAAACGUUUAAGAUGGAAAGUUGACAAAGUCUGAGAUAGCACGGCAGCACAAGAUAUCGGCGUCGACCCUGUCUACGAUAUGGAAACGUAGGGACGCGAUUAUGAGUGCGGGGGUAAUUGAAAAUCGGUAAAUCGGAUUUAACGAAACAUCGAUUUAGAGUAAACAUUUUCGGUAACCAUAGCACUUCGUUAAAUCGGGGUUCUACUGUAUUUGUGCGUGUGACAUAAAUGUUACUCAUGGUGGCAGAAAUGAUCUAAAGGUUCAUGAAGGAACAAAUAAACAUAAAAGAAGUGCUUCGUGUGAUAGCAGUGCAAAUAAAAUAAAUUCCUUUUUCAGCAGCACUCAAAGUGACGAUUACAGUGUGAUUAAAGCAGAAUGUUACUUCACGUCUUUUAUCAUAGAACAUAACUUGCCUCUAUCCGUCGCUGAUCAUGCAGGGCUUUUAUUCAGGAAAAUAUUUCCCAAGAGUGAAGAGGCCAAAAAGUACGUCUUUGGGCGCACCAAAACAACCGCAAUUAUAGGUGAAAUGGCAGCUGAACGUCAAAAUGAUCCUGUAGGUAUUUUGAAAAAUACUUCAUUUUCUAUUGCUACUGAUGGUAGCAAUGAGGAUUCUAAGCUGUAUCCAGUAAUAGUGACAUAUUUGGAUGUUGAAAAUGAUUGCUUUCAAUUGUUUCUUUGGAAGGUGCAGCAACCGGAAAAAAUAUUGGAGAAAUGUUGAUAAGGACUCUGGAAAGCUGUACCAUCCCCAUCAAGAACUGCAUUGCACUGGGUUCAGAUAAUGCUGCAGUAAUGGUUGGGUCCAAAAAUGGUGUUGCUGCUGUAAUGAGAGAUAGAAAUGAAAAUAUCAUUGUUUUGGGUUGUGCAUGUCACUUGUUGCACUUAGCAGCAGAGAAAGGUUCCACAGGACUGCAUGUGAAUGUUGACGAAAUUCUUGUGGACAUAUACUACUACCUAGAAAAAAGUGCUAAGAGAAAAGACAGGCUUAAAGAUUUACAGAAGCUGUGUGAUGAAAAAACCGAGAAAGUUUUAAAGCACAUUUCCACACGGUGGCUUUCGCUUGGUAUAUGUCUUCAAAGGUUAAUGGAUUUGUGGCAACCACUAUUAUGGUUUUAUAAAGAAGAGGUCGACAACAAGUGUGCAGCCCCGUCGUCUUCAUUAAGUUUGUUCAAAAUACCAAAGAAAUGUUCAAGCGGAUUGGUCGAUAUAACCGCUGUUGGUAAAAGUGAUGCCAAAUUUAAAUUAUUGUGUGCUACUACAAGCUGCAACAAAAAAGCUCCUCAAGAUAAAGAUAAAAAUUUAAGUGUGCCUCACAAAGUUGAAAGUAAUUGCAGCAAAAGAUGUUUAGUAUCGUAUGAUUUUCCUACUGGUAAGAAAAUGAAGUCACAUGGUUCAGAAGAAGAAAAAACUACACAAAUGCUCUCUCAGCAAGAAAGGGUUUUCAUGUUCCUUCGUCAGACCUAAACAAGGCCAUUUGUUGGUUUUUAGUAAAUGUGAUACCAGUGUUUGACAAGACUAAUAUAAUUUUGCAGUCACAAACACCUCACAUACAUGUUUUAAAGGACUUUUUAACUGAAAUGUUAAAAGAAUUGCUUUUAAAAUUUGUAAAGCCAACUGUAAACAAAACAACUCCAAUACUAGAUACAAAGUACAGUAUUGCAACAAAUCAGAAGACAUGAAUAUCUUGUGGGUUGUAAUGCAUCCAAACUAGUGGAUUUAUUAGAACCAUCUGACAAAGCAAAGUUUUACACAUCAGUGAGAAGUUUUUUUUACAUUAUCAUGUGAUUACAUUGUACUGAAGUUUCCCUUAAAAAAUGACAUUUUAAAGCAUGCAGAAGUGGCUAAUUUAAAGAACAUUGAGAGUUCUUCAUUUUCGUCACUAAAAUUUUUUGUCAACAAGUUUCCGACAUUUCUCCUUGUUAAGGAUAGUGAAACCCCUGAAGAAGCAUUGGACUUACUUCAAGAACAGUUUUCUGUGUUGCAGGCAGAUAAUGGCAUUCCUUUUGAAUCCACGGAGGGUAUGGAUUAUCUGUGGUGUUCAGUUGGAAAUAUGAAGAGGGUUGAUGGUAGUUUAAAUUAUGAUAGAGUUGCACAUGUAAUGCUUUCAAUAUUGGUCAUACCACACAGCAAUGCUGAGUGUGAGAGGGUUUUCAGCAGUGUUAAAAAGAACAGAACAAUAUUUAGAGCAUCGAUGUCACACCAAGUGCUGAACAAUAUAUUGUUGGCAAAAUCUGAUAAGAAGUGUUAUGAGCAAGAAUUUCAACAACAGUUCCUGAAGAAAGCUAAAGCUGCCACGUACAAAACGCUGCAGAAGGCAGAAUAAUUAAUACCUACUUUUCUUUAAAAACCACCCAGAUGAACAAGGUUAGUUUAACUGAAAACAAUAUUUUUAGUAAAUAUUUUUCUAUUUUGUUUAGUGUUAAACAAAACAAUAUUUAAAAAAUUGUACUAUUUUUCAUUUUCACAAGUUGGCAGCUAUGUGUAUUUUUUAGCCAAAAAUAAUAUACAAACAAUUUAAUUUAAAAUAGGUAGGUUUUAUAACAUAGGUACCCACUUCAUAUGUAGGAGUGCUAGUUUUAGCAGGUGAUGAAAUCAGUGCGGGAUGUAAGGACGGGAGAGUUGCAUCAACCCAGAACCUUCACUCAUGUCUUGAAGCUAGCUCUAGGAACCUGUGAUUGCAUCAACAUUUAAUAUUGUCAAUUAUUAACAUUUCUUAAGGCUACCGAACCAAAGUGAACUUCAUAAGAUGCAUUUAAUUGGCAGAUACUGAGAUGCUUCUUUCUUUGAUUAGCUGUGGUAUUUUUUAUGAUAAUUGACAAAGGCAGUUUGAGAAAGUUGUGCAUUAUCUCUCCUUGUUUGUUUAUUUGUACACAAGGUGAGAAAAGAAUGUUGCAAAACGCUGGAGAGUGACGACCAUGGAAUUUCACACUUGUGCCCAUGUUAAAAUGGUGUAAAAUACACGGAAGUGUAAAAAGUUGUAGUAAGAAAGUUAAUAAAAUGAGAGUUCUUUUUUUAAAAAAAAAUUUUGAGAAGAGAUAUUUUUGAGUGUGGGACAAUUAAUAAAAUUGAUGUUGGUUUGUAUAUUUCCUGCUGAAAGUCUUAUUUUAAAUAAGGCCAGAAAAGUGUGCAAGUCAUCUUGUUCUACAUAACUGUGUGGUUCAUUUAACUUGGACCUUCUUAAUAGCAUUGCAUUCAAGCGAGAAUGUACAUUAUAGCAGAGAUGACUGUUCCCCAAAUAAGUUAAAUGCAAGUUGUACCAUUUUUACACCUUGUGACUUUUCAACUUGUGUGUGUUGAUAAAUGCAGCCUCUGCACUUGCUUGUUAAGUUUUGUAGCCUGAUUAGAGAGCAGGUCACUUCGUAAAGUUGCAGGAGAGUCAAAAUUACACCAUUGGUAGGCUUUAAUGUAGCCUACAGCAAAAUGAUUUACAAUUUAUAUGUUGGUAAGUUUCUUGUGUUGAAAAAAAAUCAAACGGUUGCUCAUCAUGAGCUCCAUUCCAUGUGUGCAUUCGUUUUGUGUUGGAAUGUUCAAAACCAAAGAAAUAAUAAAUUAUAAGCUUAGGAAAUUUUUUUAACUAAUCUGUCUGCCAAUGAAGUGUAGCUGAGCCAAUUUUUGCAAAUUCUUGCAUAACAAUUGAUUGAAUAAAUAACUAGGCUGAUGAACUGUUACUACUGUUACAUUGUGUAUUAGAUAGACAAUGCUCCUAAACAUUUAUGAAGUAAAAAUAAAACUUUGUAAUUUAGCUUUGGAAUCUGUAUUAACCUUUGUGCUUCUCUGGUCAAAUUAAUUCAUAUUUUAUAAUAAAAACUGAAUAUAGAA